UCAUCACUUUUCCAGUCAUAAUUACUUGUUUCACUUCCAAAAAAAUGGCAUUUUUGCCAUAUUCAGAAUGCAUUGUUCUUUGUGCAACCAUUUUUCUCUUCUUCACGUUAUCAUCAUCAAUGUCUCAAGCAGAGCUUGAUGCUCAUUACUACGAUAAAACAUGUCCACAGGCAGAGAACAUAAUUUCAGACACUGUUCUCAGUGCUUCCAAAUUUGACCCAAAAGUCCCAGCUCGGAUCUUGAGGAUGUUCUUCCAUGAUUGUUUCAUAAGGGGCUGUGAUGCAUCGAUAUUGCUGGACUCAACUCCCAAAAACCUGGCUGAAAAAGAUGGUCCACCUAAUCUCUCUGUUCAUUCAUUCUAUGUCAUUGAUGAAGCCAAGACCAAGCUUGAGAAAGCUUGUCCACACACUGUUUCUUGUGCUGAUAUAAUCGCCAUUGCAGCUAGAGAUGUGGUAGCACAGUCUGGAGGACCAUAUUGGAAUGUGCUAAAAGGAAGAAAAGAUGGAAGGGUGUCGAAGGCAUCAGAAACAGUGAACUUGCCAGCUCCAACCUUAAAUGUGAAUGAACUGAUUAAGAGUUUUGCAAAGAGAGGUUUAGGAGUGAAAGAUAUGGUGACUCUCUCUGGUGGCCACACUCUUGGAUUUUCACACUGUUCUUCUUUCCAAGCAAGAGUUCAUAACUUCAGUUUGUUGCAUGCUAUUGACCCUAGUUUGAACACUGAGUUUGCACUAGACCUGAUAAGGAACUGUCCAAAACUAAACACAAACCCCAAUGCUGGACACUUCCUGGACGCAACAUCAUCGGUGUUUGACAAUGAUUACUAUAGACAGUUGCUGGUCGGAAAGGGUUUGUUCUCAUCAGAUCAGUCUCUUGUUGGGGAUCAAAGAACCAGGUGGAUUGUGGAAGCAUUUGCCAAAGAUCAGGGCUUCUUCUUCAGAGAAUUUGUGGCUUCAAUGUUGAAACUUGGUAAUGUGGGGGUCUCUCAAAAUGGGGAAGUCAGACUUAAUUGCAAGGUUGUCAAUUGAGGAAGAGAGAGAUCGAUGAACUUAGCAUCGAUUUUUUUGCUUCUUUCCUUCCACCUCUGCUCUAUGGAGAACAAUUGUCCAAUGAUAUCUUCUUCUUGUGUGUUUAAAUAAGAGAAAAAUGUUCACUUCUA